UCCUUUUGUCUCCGCCCCAUGGGGAACGCUCGGGAAGCUUCGGAGCGGCGCUGAGUCUUCCGGGACUCUCAAGUGGAGCGCGGCGCCCACCGCUCACCUGGAGGAGCCGCUACCUCCGGCACUUGUUCAGGAGCGGGCGGGACCCGGCGUUUUUCUGGCGUUCCGCCCUCCCCGCCGCGAGCACCUCUCUGAGCCGGCCCAACGAGCGUGCCCGCCCGGCUCUUGAGGUUGGCCAGGCCGGGGGCUGAUUGGCGGCAGCGACAUCUCGGUCGCUCCCUUUGGGCGAAGAUGGCCACCGGGGGCUACCGCGGCAGCGGCGCCAACACGACCACCGACUUCCUGGAGGAGUGGAAAGCCAAGCGGGAGAAGAUGCGGGCCAAGCAGGCACCGCCGGUGGGGGGGCUGGCGGCGGCCGCAGGGGAGUGCAAAACGCCCGGGGCCGCCGCGCCCGCCGCCGCGCCUGCUCCCACCGAGCUCAACAACAACAGCGGCGGCGGCGGCGAGCGGGGCGGGGGCGUGAACUGCCUCCCUCUGGCCAGAGGCGCCCCCAAGGAGCCCCAGUCGCCGCCCCUGGCCGGGGCUAGAAGCGCGGGUGGCGCGGAGGCCGUGGGGGGCAAAGGCGGCGGGGCGCCCAGCCCCCCAGAGGAGGAGAAGGCGGCGGCGAAGGGGAAGGGCUCCUCCGGCCCCAGCGCCCGCAAGGGCAAGGGCCAGAUCGAGAAGCGGAAGCUGCGGGAGAAGCGGCGCUCGACAGGUGUGGUGAACAUCCCCGCCACCGAGAGUUUAGAUGAAUAUGAUGAUGAUGAAGCAGGACAAAAGGAGCGCAAAAGGGAAGAUGCAAUCACACAGCAGAAUACAAUGCAGAAUGAAUCAGCCAAUACAGACCCAAGUGCUUCAUUCAUAUUACAGGAGAAUUCUAGGACAAUUUCAAGCAGAUAUAAAAGCACAACAAACACACCAGAUGACGAUGUUUCUAGUAGAUAUUCGCGAACAACAGACAGGACAGGAUAUAACAGAUAUAGCAGGGAUGCAAAUUCUUCUGGGAAUAUCAUACCAAACAGUUCUUUGGAAAAAAAGAUUGAAGAUCUUGAAAAGGAGCUAGCAAAAGAAAGACAAGAAAACCUAAGGCUUGUAAGGAUAGCACAAGACAAAGAAGAGUUGAUUGAUAAACUGAGGGAAGAAAUUGAUUUAUUAAAUAGGGACCUUGAUGAUAUAGAAGAUGAAAACGAGCAAUUAAAGCAGGAAAAUAAGACACUCUUAAAAGUUGUUGGACAGCUGACAAGGUAGAAGAUGGCAUCCUCAGUGAGGAAUGAAAUAUGAAAACUACUGAUUGAAUGUUAAAAGAUCAAGGCUAGAAUACUUCCUGUGUUGCAAUAUGUCAAACAACUGUCUUUAUAUUUAUUGUCCUGGGUGGGAUGGGGAGGAUUAAUGUUUCACAUAACGCUCUUCCUUCCUUCAGUAAAACAGUAUCAAGUUCUGUGAUCGCUCUUCCCAAUUUUUGUCUGAGAUAAAUAAUUCAAAUAUUGACAUAUCUUAGAACAUGACAUUCCUGAUACUGAUGGGCCUUUAGAUUUAUGUGUAUUUGGCCCAGUUACACUCUUUAAAAAAAAUCUGAGCAUCAAGACUACAUUUUAGUAAAUGUAGAUGUUAUUUUUUCUCCUAAAUGAAAGGAAGUAAUAGGAGUAAACUUUGUUUACACAGAUUCUAUAUAUAUCUUCCUAUAUAUAUAGGAAGAUAUUUGCUGUUUGUUUAAACAGCUGUAAAGUGCAGGUGCCUUACUACAGUACUGAUGUGAAACAUUUUUCAGAUGGGUUACUUAAUCUACAAAGAAAUCUUGUAUUUUGUGAUUUUUUUUUACUAUAUCUGAAAUACUGACAAAGGUAGAUAGUAUUUUUUCUGUAUAGCUGCUCUUUGACAGAAAAAAAAUAAAUCACCAAUCAUUAUCAACACUAGUGAAGUAGUUUUUAGGAAAUACCCUCUGUCGCAUACCAUAGUUGAUCACAAUGCUUGCAUGUCAACAAUGACAAUGAGUGCUUAUGCAAGGGAAAAUCCAGAGAGUGAAGCUCCCUUUGCAAUGAAUGAAGGCUCUAUGAGCGUGGCACUUUGUGUCAGGAUCCCAUUAAAUACAAUACAGGAAGCCUGGUGCAUUCAUUUUUACAAUAAUAACACAUGGGUAUAUCAGAAUCUGAUGUGAUUCACAAAGGUUUUUGAAGCUGUGAUAAGAUUUUAAUGAAUAUAGUUUACAAGAGGAAAGGUCAUGAUGUGUGGGCCCUUUAAGAGUAUUAUAGAGAAACAUCUAUUCUAGAAUAACACUAAUAUUUGUGUAAAAUAAAGUUUGUUGCAUGGUCUGUUUUACACUAAUGUCAGCCAUCUGCAUUACAAAUGAUGAAAUAGUCUUUAUAAAUAACUGAAAUGAGAUUUUGUGUGGGAAGUGCAUUAUUCACUUUUGGUUUAAAUAAAUGCUGUUCAUCUGGGGAAUUACCCAAAGUAAAAACCUUUCUUCAAAAAAGCUCUUUCUGGUCAAAAGAAGUUCUGCUGACUUUAAAAUGCAGAAGAUAAAGAAGUGCAUUGAAGGUUCUACUCAACAUUCUGUACUGCUAAUAGAGCCAUACAUUCAUUGUAUUUCUGUUUGCUGCAGUGUCUGUAAUUUCGGUUUAGGCAUAAUUUGUAAAAAUUCUCUGAGAAAAAUCCAGUAUUGAAACAUAAAAUGCGCUGAUUACUAAACGGUGUGUCUAUACACUGCUGAGUAUAUGCAAGAAGAAUGCUUUGCGAAAUUUAUCUGUCAUAUUGGGGGUGUCCACCAUUCCUUGCUUCUUGGAGUAGAGAAGGUUUAUGCAGCACUGGCAUAUCCUUAGAGGUAAUAAUACCGAGGCAAGGCAAGAGUAUGUGCUGGAACUGAAUGAGAAAUCGGAAAAGCAUCACUAGUGCCCUGAAAAAACAAUUCUGUCCUUGGUACCAUAUUGAGAAAGGAGAGGACAGGAUAUAAGGAGACAAUUUUAACUGGACUACGUAGCGUUCACAAGAACAUUGAGCUAAUAAGUAUGUAAGAGCAAAGACCACCUGUAAUUUUAGUCCAAAGCAAUAGUGGUGCCCCAAAUGUCAAUGUUCAUAGUAAAUGUAAUUUAAAAGCAUUGUUAGAGAUUAUAAUUAGAAAUACCAUUUUAAACAUAUAAAAGAAUGAAAUUUCAUGAAGGACUUUGAGUAUUGAUUCCCCAGAAAGAUUGCUGUAUUUGAAACAGGCCUUUAGUUAUAGUGUGUUGCCCAUUGCUCAAAGCCCCAAACAGUAAAAUAAGCUAUGGAAAUUGUUUCAGUGAUGAUUUUCAUGACUACAAAUGCAUUAUAGCCUUUAGGAAUUAACCAACUCUUUUUGGUGUGAAGGCAAGAUUAAUCCUCAUCAGUACUUCCCUUUUAAAACUAAUAGUUUUCUGUCUUGCAAGUCCUUGAGGGCAAAAAAAAAAAGUUGCGGGGGAAAAGAGUAAGAUGUUACAUAUGGAAAUAAAACAGGCCCAUUUGUGUUUUUUAUCAUAGUGAAGCAUAUCAUACACCUUAAAGUGCAAUCUUAAGAAGAGUUAUUCGAGCCCAAGCCUGUUUAAAUCAAUGAGCUUAGACUGGUCUGGAAUAACUCUUCUUAGGAUUGCACUGUUAGUAUUCCAAUAUAUAUUAUUUGCCUUCGUAUUUUUAUGAAUCAUUUUUAAGAUUCCCGUCACUGCCAAGUGUUUAUUUAGGAGAUAAAUACAUCCAAGAAGGGAUUGUUCUCAUGCUCAUACAACAGUUUACAACUGAUGAUACAAACAGAGUUGAUUAAUUGAUGUGCAGAUAUCCGACAGCGCUGAAUAAAUUGUUCACUAAUGAGUACCUCAUUGGAAAUAUUGUCAGCACAUAAUAAAAAGUAGUCUUUAAAACCAUGAGAACUUUAAUCUUUAAAACCUCUUUUAUACUGAAAACAGGGGUAAAACAAGUGAGUCUAAAUAGGUAUACAUUUUCCACUCAUAUCCUUAAACAGAAGACUAUGAAAAAAGACACAGUCUGUCUUUGAAAAAUGGUGGUGCUUUUUUCUAGAAGCCAAACUGUUCAUUCUACCCCACUGUCUUCUAGAUUGUGGAGAAGGAAAUACAGCGAAUUUUUCCUUUUACUGCAGUAAUACACACAGAGGAAGAUAAUAUGAAAUAUUAAACGUACUACUAAAUAGUUGGCAGCUCUAAGUGUUUGUACUGGGAAAAUGAGAGAAAUUGCAGGCAAGCUCUGUUUUCUUAACUGCUUUUAUUUUAGGCUACCUGGUGUGAAUUGACUAGCUGGCACAAUCAUUAUAUACAAAGCUUUUCAUAUAGUCUCAAAUGUUAUUUUAAAUUGUAUCAAGAUAUGUUUAGCUUACUUGAUAUCACAGCAGUGUGAAAAUACACUGCCAUAAGAGGCCCAGAAGAAGGAGCAAAGAAAAUAUUGCUUUGUAUUGAAGGGAAAAAAGGACUUAGGACAUAUUGCAGAUAGGGAGAAAUAAGGACACAAUAAUAUGAUCAAGGCAUCAAAUAUAUUUUUCAGUGAAACUGUUAAAACACAUUUUUAUAAGACAUGACAUGGAGUUCUGUGGUCUCAUAUGUUCUAUGGUCUUAAAGAACUGCUCACUUUUAUUAGGGGUGUUCGAACUUGCAUCAGUGUUGGAUCAGGCAUAUGAAAGAUGAUUAAGGUUCAUCCCUGUUGGGCACUGAGAGAUUUCCUUGGACAUCCUAUACCCCUAAAACCUACUGCCGCUUCUUGCUGUGGAUGGUAUCAGUCCCAUUCCAAAUCUUUGAUCAUAACAAGAUUGUCUUCAGCGACUGUUUACUGCACUCCUUAUCAGCUGCAUGAAAAUACACAGAAUCCUAUUUGUAAGAUCCGGUUUCAGACUUUGUGGCAAGGCAAUGAUGUAUUGUGCCCAGCUUCCCAAUUCCCUUCAGAGCUCCUUUCUAGUGUUAAAGUUAUUGGUCUUGUGCCAAUAACUAAUGUACCCUUGCUGUGAUGGCAGUGGGUGAUACAUAUUGUGUAUAGGAGGACUUAAAUAAAUUUGCUGAAAUUUGCAAACUUCUGUUGAACUUAUAAGACAAGUCUCCAUAUUGGUUGUUCCCAGCCAAUGGUAUUUGUAUACAUAUCAUAGUAACACACAGUACAAAGCAAUGAAGUAUGCAGUAAUGAAAUGUACAACUGAGCACCAAGUCAUAUGCCUUAUAUGAUAACAUAGGGAUUUCAGAUUUCAUUGAAACUGUCAUCUGUUAGUGUGUAUUAUAUGUUCUGUUUUUGGAAUGUUUUUGUUACAAAUGUUUUCUGCAAUAUUAUAGCUGCUGCCACUUUUUUAAUUUUAAAAGGAGAUCUUCUGUAGAUGUGAUCAAGAGUCAUAAAACUUGUAUGGAUAAUUAAGGGUUGUUUUUAAGAAUUAGCAAUUGAACCUCACUGAAAAAUAAACGCUAUAUAUUCAUUUUA